UAGUGACAAAGGAAGAAAGUACUUACUUGCUGAAAUAAACAGAAACAAGAAUAGAAAUAAAUUUCCGUCCUGCUUCCUUGGUUUGGCUGUGGAGAAUUUCCGCAGCCACGAGCGCACCCUUACCACCUAGAGUUCCGCAUUUGUUGCCGUUUACUCGGUCACUGCAUGUCGCCUUAUUUGUGUAUUUUACAUACAAGUUGUCUAACUCUAAGUUGGCGGAAAGUUCCUCAAUACAAAUUCGAAAUUCAAACUUGAUUUAGCUCCGCAUCAAAGCGGCUGGCAUUGGAUCAUGUCAGUGCAGGUGUCCGGCAAUGCGCUGCUCGCCGCGAAGCGGAUGGGAGUGUUGGGUGGCAGUACGCGAAGCAGCAAGGCGGCGACCGGAGCCGCGUCGGCACCGAGUGCUCAGCCAGAGCAUGCCGAAGUAGUAGGAGAGGAACACCACGAGCCGGAGGUGCACGCCGAGAUGUACGUGGACGAAGCUUUUCGGUUCGCAGGCCCCAGUAUCACACAGAAAAGAGGUAGCCAAUUACGGUCGCAUUGUUGAUGCGCAAUAAAACCUGAGAGUAAAGACAAACAGAUAAGGUUCGUUCUGUAAGAAAGUAGAACUAGAAGUACAUCGAAGUAGAGUGCUGUGCAGCAUUUCAAGUCGAAGAUGUUUUUCAACGCAUCGGCAUCCGAAUCCGUGUCGUGCUACUGUUUAUUUUCUGUGUGAUACCCGGCACCAAGAAGCUUGCCAACGCGAAAAACAUGUUUCGGCAACGGUGCUGGUUGCUGGCCUUCAAGUGCAUGAAGCAAAAGUGGAAACUCGAGAAGGACGAGUUUCGCAUCUCGGAGCAGUACGACACGAUCAAGGAGCUGAAGCGGCAGAAUUUUCUGACGAAGACGGAGGCGGAUGCGCGGGUCGCGGACUACAAGAGCCAGAUGCUGGUGGUUCGGGAGAACGAGAAGAAGGUGAACGAGGAGAUGGCGCGGUUGCAGGAGCGCACGCUGCAGCUGGAGCAGAUGCUGCAGGCGACCAACGACGCGCGGAACGCGCGCGAGACCGAGCUGGGCAUGAUGCAGUCGUCCAUGGACUCCCUGCUAAAGGACGCGAAGGAGGCGGUGCGGUUCGAGUUCCGGGAGCGGGAGAAGCAGAUCGCGGAGGAGAACAUGCACCAGCAGGAGAUUCUGCGCAAGGAGGCGCUGGGCUACAAAAACAAGAUCGUGGAGGUCGAGCGGGUCAUGCGCAGCCGGCUGCAGGAAGAGCGGCUCAAGCUGGCGGAACAACUGCUGCAGGAACGCAAACUGAAGAUCAAGGAGCGCAUGCAGCGGAUGACCAUGGCUUUCCACAUGGAGGGAAAGGAUGCCGCGCACGAUAAAGCUAUGGCAGACGCGAAGGCGGAGAAGGAUAAGGAGGUAGCUGCCGCGAAGGCGGCUGGCGGGGGCGGAAAGAAGGAGAAGAAAAAGCUGCAGAAGCAGGAACUCAAGGAGAGUCAAGUCAACCAAAAUCCGGAGAAAAAAGAGGAAAUUAAAGCUGCACCAGCGCCGAAGGGUACUAAGUCAUUUUUUUUCGGAUACCUUUUUGUUUGAGGACCAAAGAAAGCAAUGCCGGAUAUCGUUGAUAUGCUUUGUAUAGUAAAGUCAGUGCGAAUUUGAUUCAGCAUGACGACACGGCAGAUCAUCAUGCUGGGGCAGAUUCAAAUCUACCUAGCUAAGUAGUGAUGUACCCCAAGAAGUAGAAGAGAGGCACGUCGCGCCACCCAAAAUUGCUAUUUCUUUUUUUGGUUCUACUUGUUCUGUGUGCAUAAUUUGAAAUACGAACAACAAGAAAAAACAAAAACAAAUCCCACACCUACAGCUGCUCCCUCCGUGGACCAGGUGCCAGCGCCGGCUGCGACACUGGCCGAAGAGAUUGCGCCACGGUUGACCGAGGAGGACAUCCGCCACGCGAUCGACGCGUGCGAGGAGCGUUUCGAGCUGGAACGGCAGAAGUGGCAGGACGAGCGCGCGGAGCUGCGGCUGAUGUACGAGCAAAAGGCGCUGCUGCACGCGCAGCAGCAGUGCGACAAGGUGGCCCGCUACAACGAGCUGGCGGAGCGCAACCGGGAGCUGGAACGGUUGGUGGUGCGGUUCAAGGAAAUCGAGCGGCUGCACAUCAUAUGCAUUGCAAAAAUGUCUGGGUCUGGAAGAAUGCAUGAUUUGUCAUGCAUAUUUCUCAUGACCUUGACCCAUGAUGCCUGUAAUGCUUGGUCUAGCAUCGCAGACUUUUAGAGGGCUUCCUGAUGCACCUUCCGCAUGAGAAAUGCCCUGUCCGUGUAGCAAAAACUGUGCCCGUCUUGCUGGUCACGCAAUACAAAUUUUUUUCGAGUCCAAAAACAGCAUGACAAGUUGCAAUCUUCCAGACCCAGACAUUUUUGCAAUCCAUACAUCAAGCAGACCCAGAGCGAGAAAAACCAGCGGCUGCACACCCUGCACCGCGUCACGCGGAUGGCGCAACUGGCGCGCGAGGAGAACCUCGGCCCACUGGAGGAAAUCAAGGACGUGAAGGACCUCCGGGCGCGGGCGGAGGCGGUGGUGAAGCUAAAGGCCCUGGAGGACCCGACCCACCGCAUCGCCCGGUUGAUCGCCGGCGAGAAACGGAUGCGGCAUCCCACGCUGAACCCCACGCUCCUGGAGGCCCCGAAGACUAUCAAAUGCAAAAAUGUCUGGGUCUGGAACAUUCUAAACUUGUGAUGCUGUCUGUGGAUUCUGAAAAAAUUUGUAUUGCAUGAACAGCAAGAGGACUCCAGUUUGUGCUACGCGGAGAGGGCGUUUCUCAUGCGGUAGAGGUAUCAGAGAGCGCUCUAAAAAUCUGUGAUGCUACGGCAUGCAUCACAGACGUCAUGGGUCAUGGAAAAUAUGCAUGACAAGUCUAGAAAUCUUCCAGACCCAGACAUUUUUACAUUUGAUAAAGACGGAGACGGAGCAACUGUGGGAGCUGUUCGGGUCGCUCCGCGAACUCGACCAAUCGGCCGCGGACCUGCAGCACACGCCGCAGCGGGGCGCGUUUUUGGAGCCGGACCCGCCGGUGUACACCCCGGACUACGCCUUCGAAAAGCUCUACACCAAGUUCCCCCACAACCUGCCCGACAUCGACGAAUACAACACCGCGGUCAGCAAGCUCCGUCGCGCCAAAGACAAAAUCGCCACCAUGAACCUGUUCGGCGGGGGCUCCUCGAGCCUGGCGGCAGGCGCCGGGGGCGAACAGGAUAGUAGUACAACCGGGGCAGGCCCGAACGAAGUCGCCGCUCCUCCGACCGCAGGAACUUCCCUUCCUGCACUCCCGGAGCUUGUCAGUGAGGCCGCAGGAGAAGUUGUAGCGCCACCAGUAGACUCGGUUCCGCCCGCGGAGGCGGAGUAAGUAGCAGCUGUGGUCAUGAUCCUUCAUCUGGAUGGAUUGAAAAUCAAAAAUUCGAACCGGAGGUGGAAAUGAACGGGCACUAGGUCACAUUUUUUACCAUAAUGUACAAUAAUGCUUUGCAGCAGCAGUGGGCUUCUUGAAGAUAGCGUUCAAAUGUAUGGUGUCAAGGCGAGUAAUUUGCCGUAAAGUUGUGUACAAAAUGGAAAUUCUCUCGCUCGUUUCGAUCGAUUUACCAAUAGUAAUAGGCGCUUCAUUUUUCCGAUACAAUCUCCGGCAAAGGCGAAAAUAAUCAAAGUGCUCUUUGUAUCAUGCGAAAAGUACUGGUGCUAAUCCUAGUUUUUGUUCUCCUUGAUGUUGAUGUAUUUUAGCGUUGUACACGACCACGCUAGUUGUUGGUGGCCAUCGGGGGAUUUACCGAAUGGCAUGCAACUUUUUGUAAAAUCUAUUAUUGCCCUUUUUGAAGAAGUUGCACUAGCAGCGCGCGAAAUGAA